AUGGGCCGCCGACGCUCUCAACCACUCGGCGACCAAGGCCAACCCCGAGCGGCGCUCGCCGCACGAGAUUUCACCGGCGAGCAGGGGCCUUUCCGCGUGCUGCCGUGCUUCCAGCCUGGCUUCAUGCGUGAGGAUCGCCGCACCAAGCUCGACGACCAGGCCACCCUCUGCUACUACCUAAACGGCGGCGACAACCACCCGAGCGGCACCGUCAAGGUCCUCAAGGCGUCCACCGGCCGUGUCGUCUACACCAACAACGUGUCGUGGGUGACGUCGGCGCCAGCCGGCGAGGGGGGUUCCGCUGGUAUCACCGCUGCGCCGACACCCCCCCCGUUCACGCCGCCGGUCGUCUCGAUCAACUUUGGCCCAGCACCGACGCCUUCGACCGCCACACCGCCACCGCCAGCGCCCACGCCGUCGCCCGCUCCCGCUCCCGCUGCCUCUUCGCCCCCUGCCGCAACGCUGCCGCCAGCGACCACGCCGCCGCCCGCUCCCACGCCUUCACAACCACCCUCUGCCAUUUCGCCGUCACCGUCGGCGACCCUCGCUCCUGGCCAGCCGUCCUUUACCUCUUCGCUGUCACCGUCGGCGACCCCAGAUCCAGACCAGCCGCCGCCGCCGCCGGACCCCGCGAUGCCCCCGCUUACGGCUCACGCCAUGCGGCAGCUUCGCCCGGGUACAAAGGCCGAGGGUAUGACAGACCCGCGGCUGCCAAGCCGUACGAGAUCGGGCACGAGGCACAGCACAGGACUCAUCUCGAUGCUAGACAGGAACACUCUGGUGUCGAUGCUGGAGGCUCGGAGCGCGGUGGAUAAGGAGCGCAGGGAGCUGGGGGGGGCGGAGGCCGGAGAGCCGGGGGGAACGGGGGCCGGAGAGCAGGCGGGAGCACUCGCAGCAGUGGACCCGGGGGCUGCAGGAGCGGGCUUUCCACUCGCAUUUGCCACGCUCCUCGCCAACCGGGAAGACAUCGACGCCACGCUGCGAGACCAGCGCCCGCCGGAGCAACGCCCUGACCUUCCGCAUUGCCAGGCCAGCGACCUUCGUGUCCCCAAGAGCUACAAAGAGGCCAUGGCGUCGGAGCACCGGCACCUGUGGAGCGACUCUAUGCAAAGGGAUUUUUUUGGCUUGUUGGAAGCAGGGACUUUUACUCCGGCGAACACAGGACUUAUCUCGAUGCUAGACAAGAAUACUCUGGUGUCGAUACUGGAGGCUCGGGGCGCGGUGGAUGAGGAGCGCAGGGAGCCGGGGGGAACGGGGGCCGGAGAGCAGGCGGGAGCACUCGCAGCAGUGGACCCGGGGGCUGCAGGAGCGGGCUUUCCACUCGCAUUUGCCACGCUCCUCGCCAACCGGGAAGACAUCGACGCCACGCUGCGAGACCAGCGCCCGCCGGAGCAACGCCCUGACCUUCCGCAUUGCCAGGCCAGCGACCUUCGUGUCCCCAAGAGCUACAAAGAGGCCAUGGCGUCGGAGCACCGGCACCUUUGGAGCGACUCUAUGCAAAGGGAGUUUUAUGGCUUGUUGGAAGCGGGGACUUUUACUCCGGCGAAGAUGUUGGCUGCUUUGGCGUGCGAGUUGAACCUCGACUUGUGUCAUUUCGAUGUUGAGCAAGCUUUUGUGCGUUCGGAGUUGGAGGAAGACGUGUACAUGCGUUUGCCGCAGGGAUGUGGAGCUCUAUCAGGAAUGAUUGUAAAACUAGGCAAGAGUCUGUAUGGCUUAAGACAGGCAUCUAGGCAGUGGCAUGCAAUGCUGAAGAGGUGUUUGGUGGCGUUAGGAUUUGAGCAGUGCAUGGCCGAUGCUUGUGUGUUUCGUUUGAUUGAGGAUGGAUGUGUUGUUUUGAUUUUGGUUGUACAUGUAGAUGACAUCUUUGCUGUUGGAGAGAGGGAGAGAUGUGAUAAGUUUGGCGCUGACCUUAACAAGUCCGUGCCAGUGAAGAACCUGGGAGAGUUGAGAUGGUAUUCUGGGUGCUUUUACGAGAGGAAUAAGGAGACCGGUAGGUUGACGAUUUCUCAGCAGACUUUCACGGAUGAGCUAGCAGCAGAGUAUGGAGUAGUGGGAGGUAAGAGCGUUCCCAUGUCUUCGGGGGUGAAGCUUUCUGACUUUGAUGCGGAUGAAGUGGCGACAGACUUUCCGUUUCGUGAACUAGUCGGAUCGUUGAUGUGGCUGGCGACUCAGACUAGGCCAGGCAUUGCGAAUGCAGUAAGGGCAGUAGCUAGGUAUUGCGCAUCUCCGAAGCUGGUACACUGGAAUGCAGCGAUGGAUAUUUUGGGCUAUGCGAGGAGGACGAGUCACUUUGGUAUUUCGUUUCAGAGAGGUACGGUAGAGGGAUUCAGCUUGCAGGGAUACGCUGAUGCGGACUUUGCAAGCAAGGCAGCAGACCGUAGGUCGGUAUCAGGGGGGAUCGUGACGUGUGGAGGAGGCGCUGUGUCUUGGUUUUCCAGAACGCAAAAAUGCGUCACGCUUUCGACGACAGAAGCAGAGUACGUCGCGCUAGGCNUAAUGAAGGAGAUCUUGUUUUUGAGGCAGAUUUGGCGUUUCAUGUUGCCGCAGGUCGGCAUGCCGUGCAUCCCAGUCUUCGACGACAACCAGGGGGCGAUUCAACUAGCGCAGAACCCCAUCUCAAACUCGAACUCGAAGCACAUAGAUGUAAGGCACCAUUUUCUCAGGGAACUGGUAGAGAGGAAGAAAAUUUCGGUGAUCCACGUGCCGUCGCCAUACCAGCGUGCAGAUUUUCUUACGAAGAGCUUGCCGGAGGACACUUUCGAGUCUCACCGUGAUUUUGUGAUGAAUUUGGCAUGA